UCUAGUGAGUUAAUCAUGGAGAAACACUCAUAAACACACAGUAGUGACAAGAGCUGGUUUUGUUAUAAAACACACCAGAGAAGGUUACAACAGCUUGUUUUGCACUAAAUUCAGUUUUUAUGAUGUUUCUCUUAAAAGGUUUCUUUAAGUUUGAAACAUGAUGUCAUAAAUUAAUUCCCUUUGACAGACUUAUGGGACAUAGCAGCUUCUGGCAUGCUCAGACAAAACUUCACUGCCAGGAAACCUUAUGUUUUCAGUGUGAAUAACCGUUUACAAUCCAAAUGAUUAUCCCAUCUUGGAUUGUGGCUGUACUGGGUGCCUAUAGUUCUUACUGAACCAAACCAGCAUCUGUGUAGAAUGCAAAUGAACAAAGAAAAUACAAAAACAUAUAUAUUUGUAAGUUUAGAUAGAUGCAGAAAUAUACAAUAUGGACUUAUUGACAGCAUCUAAAACAUAAUUUUUUUUUAUGUAUUUACAGCUGUAAAAGUCUAAACAAUGUACGAAUACUGAGAAUAGUUUUAAACACAACACACCCUUUUAUAGAUAUUUUGAGCCGCUAAUCCCACUCCUAUCUCUAAACCCAACCCUACCAUUUCUUUUCAAUAUGAAAGUCUUAUCCUGAUCCACUCUGUGAAGGUGUGCUCAUCUCUUUAAGCAUGUAUCACCCGAAAUAUGAUAUCAAAGACAUGUGAGUGCCAGCGAGCAUUUGCUUGGAAAGGCAAAACCUUUGCUAUGAACAACAAUGAACAAAUGAACAAUUGGCAAAACUAACAAAAUCCAAACAGGAGAAGCUCUCAGAUAAAGCCUGUAAAUCUCCAAUUCUCUAAACCGGGCUAGGCAACUCUGGCCCUCGAGAUCCAUUUCUGUGGCUCUACUGGAUGCUGACCAUCUGGAAUAGAGCCCUGAAAUGACACAACAGCAGGGGAUAUCCAACCCAUAGUCUGGUCUAACACAAGGGGCCACAUGUGAGCAACGGGAACACCACCUGUCAUAAUUACAGUGCCGCAAACCCCCAAAUUGUAGCCUGACUCUCAUACUCUGAAGGCAAAGUUACGCAGAACAUAAGCAAAGUAAAAUUUGCACGUUUGAUCAGUCAUCGUCCAAAUCACAUAUAGGACUUUUCAAUCAGGGCUGAUGUUGACCUACAAGGUUUAGAUGGAAGAGUAGGCCACACCUUUCAGGAAGGAGCCGAAGAUGCCAAGAGGUGAGCUGUUAAUGUGUCCUCAAACACCAGCAUCUCUGCAUACCACUGCUCUCACCAUAUUAGUUACAGUGGUGAAGUCAGAGGCAGCCAGGAAAGAUUGGAAGAGAGCAAGAGAAAUCGGUAAGGUCACUUACCAUAGCUUCAUGUUCCAACAUCGAUCAUCAAAAUCCUAACCCAUGUGGUGCCUCGACAGCUGCAGUGUUGCAGUGACUGGGGAGAACUGAAGGUGAGCCAAGAACAAAGUACUUUCAGCCUGAAAUUCUCAUAGUGCAGACAGUAUGAUACACUAGUAUGAAUGGCAGGAACAUGUUGAACAGCCAAGCACUUAACACACUUAUCAUGUGUCUUCACUCAUAAUAAAGCGAGGACAAGGAGACACAAACUUACAGAAGGGCAUUUGAUUCACUUAAUGUGGGUCGCUGAGCAUGAUGAAUCUGGAGAAUAAGAAAAUAGAAAAUAAACAGAUGCAGACAGAUCACCUUCCGGAGAAGAUAAAUCAUCUUCCUGAAGAAAAGGAGUUGAGACAGCUGUAACGGGUUGCUUUUGUAGAGAAUUCAAUGGAAGAUUUGUGAUGCAGAUUGAAUGAAUAACAUAGACUUUUAAUACACACAAAGAGAAGGCACAGGCAAUACACAAAUUAACGUAACAUUAACAUGAGACAGUGAACAGAAGGUGCAGAGGGUUUAAAUACACAAGGCUAGGUGAUUAACGAGGUGAGGAACACUAAUCUGUGACACUAAUUAUGGACUAUGGCAACUAAUGAACAAACUAGAACACAGGCAAAUCAGACAAAGACUAAAACUGGAAACUAAACAGAACAUGACUGUGACAUAAGUUCCCCAGAGGAGUAGACUGAGGAGGACACAGAGGAGACAACACCCAGGGAGGAGAUGAAGGCGGGAGGAGUCAGGGUGGAGACAAGAGGGACCAGAGCAGAGGUGGGAUGAGCAGGAGGAUGACCCAGAGCCAUGACAUGAAGGUCCACGGUGGAGCCGAUGGAGGGAGGAGGCAUGGUUUAGCCUUGGUAAAGAAGCCAGGCUGAACCAGGGAGAUGACAGACUGAGGUGGACAUGGUGGAGGUGGACACUAAGGCAGAGCCAAAGAGCUGAAGAUCCAGGGUGAUGCCAAAGGCCUGGAGGGCCACGUUGGAGCCGAGGUGGAGGCGUGGGCUUGGCAGAUCAUGGAGAGGAUGGUGGGAGUGAGGACCAUGUUAGAACUCGAGGGAAGGAGGAACCCGACAGAGCCUGAGGGGUGGAGGAUCGAAGCAAAGCUGCUUGACUCUGAAGUCCGAGGUGGAGCCAGAGCGACGAUGGACCAAGGUGGAGCCAGAGGGAUGGCAGUCCAUGGUUCAUGAUGCUCAGCUUGGAGUUUGAACACAGCUGUCAAUAUGACUAUGUUGAAGUGAGGGAUGGAGACAGCUUGAACUCACGUGUGAUUGGUCGUUAUUGUGGAAAUGAACGACCUCCUCCAAUCAAAAGCACUGGCAGUUCCCUGCACAUUCUUUUCAUCUCGGAUGGUUACAAGAACUUUGAUGGGUUUUUUGCCACCUUCCAGGAGAGCUCAGAAUGCACUUCCUCUCCAUGUAUGCAUGAUGGCACCUGCAUCUUACACUCCUCUCACUCCUUCCACUGCGCCUGCCUGGCUGGAUAUACUGGAAAGAGAUGUGAACAUGUGCUUGAAUGCGGAAGGCCUUUGAUUCCAGCCCACGGGACUACAGUGCAUCUGGAUGUAAGGGUUGGAGGACGUGCUGUGUUCCAGUGUGACCCUGGAUACACAUUAAAGGGCUUCCAGAUGGCCACCUGUCUGUUGGAUGGGUCAUGGAGUACACCAACUCCACAGUGUGUGCCUGACCACGACUGCGGCAUUCCUCCAAAGCCAGAUCAUGGUGAUCACUUCCUUGUUUAUGGACCAAAUGAUGUACUUAUUGCUAUACAGUAUUUUUGCUAUAAGCUAUACAAACUGAAUGGAGUCCCUCAGAGAACGUGCCUGGGCAACAACACUUGGAGUGGGACGGCACCAACCUGUGUCAAAGAGCUGGACAUAAUUCCUGGAGCAGAUAAUGAACAAAACAAAGGCAAACACAAACCUACCGGACAAGACGAAGUGGGCCAUACCAAAAACAAAACUUCAGAAGAAAAAGAAAAUGAGUCAAAACCAGACAAAGAUAGAGGAAAAAAGCCUUCCGCUGGAAAGGAGAAUGUAGGACUUGAUUUAGAUUUGGGAAAAGACAUAGGCAAAGAUAUCGAGAGCAAUUUUGUAAAAGAAAAGACUAAAGUUGAAAAUAAAGAUGCUGAUAGCAGCAUUAACACAAUUGAAAAGGUAGAAACUGGAGGGGAUAAAGAUCUUAAAUUCCUUGACAAAGAUGGACAUCUAGAUAUUAAAGAAAAAGUUGGAAGUCCAACAAAAGAUUUGGGCAUGGAAUUCUUAGAUAUCGUGUUGAUAGACAACAAUCAGACAGCAAAGGACAAAACCAAAGAUGGCGAAAUGGACAAAGGACAAAAAAUAACCCAUGGACCCCAAUACACCAUAUUAAACCUGACUGAAGAUGAGAAAGAAAACAUUCUUUAUGAAAUAGAUAUCAUACCCAGAGGGAAUAACACUGAAUUUUUAAAUAGUAAUGACAUAGAAGACAAUUUGGGGACACUGCCUCAAAAAGAAACUGAAGAACUCCCAACAGCUGCUGGCAAUAACAGCACAACAAUCAUACCAACAGUGAUCACAACAACCGAAAGAGUGACAACGAGGGUUACACCUACAGAAAAGGUCGAAGUGGAUACAGUGAAUGAAAAGACAACAGAACAAUUUUUGCAACAAGAAACAAACCUAAAGAACGGAGAGGGUGAAGGAAGGCAGUGUCCUCGACUGACACCGUUGUAUCAAGGCUACUAUGUGUCUGUACCUGGCCUCAUUCCUGAAACAGUGGAGUUCUUCUGUAACCAGUCGUAUGCUCUGAGUGGCAGCUCACGGAGAACGUGUCAGAAUAACGGCACCUGGUCUGGCACCCAGCCUGUCUGCAUUAGAGCCUGUCGAGAGCCCAAAGUAUCUGUGCUGGUCAAACAGAGAGUUCUUCCUCCUCACAUCCCAUCCAGGAAAACACCUGUGCAUAAGUUUUAUUCUUCCACUGGUGUGACCAAUUUCUUAAGGGAAGUGCAGCCCACCCAGACCCCUUUCAGCCUCCCCCUGCUCCCACAGGGCUUUCACCAUCUCUACACACACAUCGAGUACGAGUGCAUGUCACCGUACUACCAGCACUCUGGAAGUUCACGCAGAACCUGUUUGAAGAUGGGAAAGUGGAGUGGACGUCAUGUCUCUUGUUCACCAGUGUGUGGGAAGCUGACGAACUUUGACCCUCAGAACCCAGCAGAGACUAACUGGCCCUGGCUGGCUGCCAUCUACCGUUUGCCUGUUGCAAGCAAACUAGGGAAGUUAAGUGUGAUGAGGACAAAGGGAACAAACAUCGAAGCGAUGGAAGAAGAGAGUGACAUGGAUGGUUGGCAGCUUGUUUGCAGCGGAGCCCUGGUGAACCAGCGUAGUGUGGUUGUAGCUGCCCACUGUGUCACAGAGCUGGGGAAAUUAUAUCCACUCGACACGGCCAAAAUCAGAGUAGUGCUGGGCAAACAGUAUCGCAGUGAUCUGAGAGUGACCAAAGGACUGCAGCGACUACGGGUUUCCUCCAUCACUCUCCAUCCAAACUAUGAUCCCCUGGUGCUGGACUCAGAUGUGGCCAUACUGAAGCUCUUGGACAAGGCUCGUAUUGGAGAACAUGUGCAACCGAUCUGCCUCCCAAAUGCUCAGGAUACAGUAGAAGACUCCAGACAAGGGAUGGUGACAGGCUGGUCCCUCUUACCUGACCAGAAGACUGGAAAUGUUGAGAAAGCACGUGUGGGCCGCGUGAUGCUGGGGGAUAUUGUUCACUGUGAGCAGCAAUAUGCCAAUUAUGGUCUUCCUAUUAGUGUGUCUGAAAACAUGCUGUGUGGGCGACAGGGUGCAGACGCUGAUCAGUCGAACAUUUGCCCUGCCGACACUGGAGGGAUUCUCAUCCUCCCACCGGUCUCCUCGGACUCCAGUUUCACACCUCCACAUGGACAGGGUUCUCAAGAGUGGAAACUUUUAGGGUUGGUCAGUUUCGGAUAUGAUUCUUCAAACUGCAACCCAGAGCUUUACACUGUGUACACUCACGUCGCUAAUUUUGUCAGCUUUAUAGAGGGAAAUAUGACAUAGGCUGAUGUGUAAUAUUGCAUCCUAUCUCUGUCUCAUUUAUAUUAUGUCAUGCAUUCCCUUCUAUCCCUUAUAAUACUGCAAUAUGGGGUAAUGUAUACACUGGACGAUGCAGUGCACAGGACAUGUACAGGACAUGGACUUAUACUUUAAACAUUAAGUCCUAACACAACAUGAACAUCUACCAGCACUUCUCACACACAGUAUGUGCUGGCCCUCGGCUUCUCAGGUGAUGUAAAAUGAGUCACAUCUAGUUGUAGUUGGUUUGCCUAUAAAUCUUUAAAAUGUACAUAAAUUGUAAUAUUGUAUUUACCAUCGUAAGCGUUAUUAAAAGGUGUACAUAUUUACAUAAAAUAUAUAUAUUUUAACAUGUAUUGUCAUUGGGACAACCAUAACUCAUAGUAGUAUGGACUGCAGUGACAUUUUCUCUGAGGAGGUGAGUGAAAAAUUGAAGGGAAAAUAUUUAAAAGAACACAAUGAAAACUAAUAAAAUAUUACAACAUAUAGUGUGUACAACACUUUUUUCUAAAAUGACAGUCUACCAGCUACACCAGUGAAUUCAAUUUUAGAGAUCAUUGUCUUCUCAGAAGACCUUAAAGUGCGAGUUGAAUGGCAAGAUACAAGUGAAAAGUCACUUGAGAGAGGAAGCAAUUGUGCUAUGAUUAGCCUCUCAUCCAAAUCGAAAUGAACUGGAAAAACAAAAUGUUUUUAGCAGCCAUUCAUCUAAAUGAAUCGUGUACCUCCUUACCUGUGAUGACUUCUGAUGUUUACAGAUGAUUUAUUGUCUAAUGGUUCAAAAAGAAAAUUGCCAAAUAACGUUUCAUUAGUUCAAGACUUUCAUAUAAUACUUUCGUGAGGUCCAUGAUGGAGGGUUUGAGCAUCAGACUCGAGUCGAUCUCUAAAUUCCUACAUCGACUCGAAUGGGGACUUUUUUUUUUUUUUUUUUUGCCUAUUUUCCUUUUCAAAGCUGAAGAAAUAUUUAGAAAGGUGCAGCCAUCUGUUCAGCACAUAAAAAAAUGCAAUGCAUAGUUGAAGUUAAUAAAAACUGAGGUAGUAUUGAUGUGAUGGAGGUAUGCUGAGGUAAGAAGCUGUUUAAAAUCCCUUGUGAUGUGAUGUGAUGCUACUCAUGAACAUCUGUUUAAAUCUUUAGUUAACAGAAAAAAGAUACACAAAUAUUGUUGCUGUAUUUCUAUAGUUAUUACUUUUAAAGAAAGAAAUGUAAAAAUGUUAUAAUGCUAAACAACAUAGAAUUGGUUGCUUGUUGGUAGUGCAAGGUAAACAUUGUUUCAUUUACCUGAAAGUAUCUGGAAGUAUCAUCAGCAUGUUCAUUAGACAAUCAAAUUAGCGACAUAUAUCUGCAUAUGCAUUAGAACAAUUCCAUGCUGUCAACCUUAGCAUGAAAAAAUAAAGUUACCAAAGAACAAAACCCUUUUUAAAGUGGUCCAUUUAAGUCUGUUUUACUGUACUAAUGUGUGCAACAAUACUAAAAUAAAAUUUUCAACAAACUGAA